AUCGUAAUUUCUGAAGCGAUGUCUCUCUCUCCUUGGAAGCGAUUGCAGUGCUUGAAAAGUAGUGCUUUUUCAUGAAUAUGAUAGCCGAACAUUGGAUAGAAUGUUAAUCCACUAGCUAUCACAGUUCAUCUAAGAAGCUCUGAGUUGAUAAAUAAUCUCCGGAACUAUGUAUUCGCAAUCAACGAGCAAAGCUGACAUCUUGAUCUCAGCUAGGGUUUUUAAUCCUCAGCCUUCAAUUAUCCUCCGUCAUUCACAUUUCUUCUCAGUUUCUCUUCGUAGCCACCGGAAACGCUUGAAUCUAACCCAGCACUUUAGGAGGAUCCCACCUUUUGUAAAUGCCCCCCGUGCGAUUAGUCAAAAAUCGGAUUCGACGUCCGCUUCUGAAUCUGACAAUACUGGUGCAGCUAGCGCGGAUGAUUUCAUCACAAGGGUUUUGCAAGAAAACCCUAGUCAAGUUGAACCCAGGUUCUUAGUAGGCAAUAAAUUGUAUACACUGAAAGAGAAAGAGGACUCGCAGAAGCAUAGUUCUGAAAUUACGGCUGGGCUUAGUGAAAUUCUUAAGAAGCUGAGAUCCAAAGUGGGAAUGGAGGAGAAGAGCAGUGGUCCGAGGUCUGAGGCUGUGUAUUUGAAGGAUAUUCUGAGGGAGCAUCGGGGGAAGCUGUAUGUUCCUGAGCAAGUUUUUGCCUCGAAUUUGUCCGAGGAAGAGGAAUUUGAUAGGGAAUUUAAGAGUUUGCCCAAGAUGAGUUUAGAGGAUUUUGUAAAGUACAUGAAGAGUGACAAGGUCAAGAUGUUGACUCUCAAGGAGGACACAAGUGUGUCCUAUGGUUUUAGGGAUUUCAUUGUGGAGCUGAAAGAAAUUCCUGGUGACAAGAGCUUGCAGAGAACCAAAUGGGCAAUGAAGUUGAUUGAGCGCCAAGCACAGAUUGUUUUGCAGGAGUACACAGGACCACGUUAUGAAAUAGAGAAGCAAACUAUGUCUUGGGUGGGAAAAUUGCCUGAAUAUCCUCAUCCUGUGGCAUCUUCAAUAUCAAGCAGAAUGAUGGUGGAACUUGGAAUGCUGACUGCUGUGAUGGCUGCAGCAGCUGUUCUUGUGGGAGGAUUUCUAGCUUCGGCAGUGUUUGCUGUGACAAGCUUAGUCUUUGUGGUGGCCGUAUAUGUUGUAUGGCCUGUGGCCAAACCAUUUCUUAAGCUUUUCCUUAGUCUCGUCUUCAGUAUUUCUGAAAGAGUGUGGGAUAAUUUUCUUGAUAUUUUCAGUGAUGGAGGGGUUUCCUCUAAAUUGUAUGAAGUUUACACUUUUGGGGGUGUGUCUGCCAGUCUCGAAAUGCUUAAACCAAUCAUGUUGGUGUUUUUGACCAUGCUUCUUCUUGUCCGUUUUACUCUUUCAAGAAGACCUAAGAACUUCAGAAAAUGGGAUAUAUGGCAAGGCAUCGAAUUUUCUCAAUCUAAGCCACAAGCUCGUGUUGACGGUUCAACUGGAGUUACAUUUAAUGAUGUGGCUGGGAUUGAGGAAGCGGUGGAAGAGCUCCAAGAGUUGGUGAGGUAUUUGAAGAAUCCAGAGCUAUUUGAUAAAAUGGGAAUAAAGCCUCCUCAUGGAGUCUUAUUGGAGGGCCCUCCUGGAUGUGGGAAGACCUUGGUUGCCAAAGCCAUAGCUGGUGAAGCUGGUGUUCCAUUUUACCAAAUGGCAGGGUCAGAAUUCGUUGAAGUUUUAGUUGGGGUUGGUUCUGCUCGUAUCAGGGAUUUGUUCAAGAGAGCUAAGGUAAAUAAACCUUCAGUAAUUUUUAUUGAUGAAAUUGAUGCAUUAGCUACAAGACGUCAGGGAAUAUUCAGUGAAUCCACCGACCACCUAUACAAUGCUGCUACUCAAGAAAGGGAGACUACAUUGAACCAGCUUUUGAUAGAACUGGAUGGAUUUGAUACAGGCAAAGGUGUUAUUUUUUUGGGUGCUACAAAUCGUAUGGACUUGCUAGAUCCUGCACUUCUUCGACCAGGUCGUUUUGACCGUAAGAUAAGAAUUCGUCCUCCAAAUGCAAAAGGGAGAUUGGAAAUUCUGAAAGUUCAUGCACACAAGGUUAAAUUGUCAGGAUCUGUUGAUCUGUCCAGUUAUGCUCAGAACUUGCCAGGAUGGACGGGAGCAAAGUUAGCUCAGCUGCUCCAAGAGGCUGCUCUUGUGGCAGUAAGGAAGGGACACGAUUCAAUUCUUCAGGCAGAUGUGGAUGACGCAGUUGACCGACUUACAGUAGGACCUAAACGUGUUGGGAUAGAGUUGGGUCAUCAGGGACAAUGUCGCCGAGCUACCACAGAAGUGGGAACUGCAAUGACUGCUCAUCUGCUAAGGCAGUCUGAGAAUGCAAAAAUUGAAUUCUGUGAUCGCAUAUCAAUUAAUCCUCGUGGCCAGACGUUGUCCCAAGUUGUUUUCCAUAGACUUGAUGAUGAAUCAUACAUGUUUGAGCGUCGGCCACAAUUGUUGCACCGCCUUCAGGUAUUACUUGGAGGGAGAGCUGCUGAAGAGGUGAUCUUUGGACAGGAUACAUCAAGGGCAUCAGUUAACUACCUCGCUGAUGCUUCUUGGCUUGCUCGUAAAAUUAUCACAAUAUGGAAUCUGGAGACUCCCAUGGUAAUACAUGGAGAACCACCUCCUUGGAGAAAAAGAGUUAAAUUUGUGGGCCCAAGGCUGGACUUUGAAGGAUCAUUGUAUGAUGACUAUGGCCUGAUUGAGCCCCCAAUCAACUUCAAUUUGGAUGACGAAGUAGCAAGGAGGACAGAAGAAUUAAUGCAUGAGAUGUAUGGAAAGACGGUCACUCUCCUGAGACGGCACCAUACAGCUUUGCUGAAAACUAUUAAGGUUCUUCUUAAUCAGAAGGAAAUCAGUGGAGAAGAAAUUGACUUCAUUCUGAGAAGUUACCCGCCACAGACCCCCACAAGUCGUAUUCUGGAGGAGAAAGAUCCCGGUAGCCUUGCAUUCUUUAAAGAAGAACCAGGUCGAGAGGUGGAGUAUAGCUUGAUGACCCCAGUUCAAGGAGAAAGAUUGUGAUUGAUACAACACUUGGGGGUGUUUGAUUGGAAUUGUUUUCUAUAAAAAAUGUCAUUAAUGAAAAAAAUUUCAUGCUUGCAUGUUUGAUUGCUUAAUAGUUUUUAUGAAAAAUUUUCUUGAUAUAACAUAUUAAGACAUGUUUUGAUCCAUUUUUCAUAGAAAUUUGUAACUAGGGAGGAGGUGGAAAUUAUUUUUGUUGGGAUUUUGUAAAGGGCUGGCACACAGGUCAUAUUGUUUAUUUGUUGACGUUGAAUAUUGUUGUGAUCCAUC